AUGUACACUCAGUCAAGAGAGAGGUGUCGUGUUAGCUUCAAAAUGAGUGUUCCGUCUAUUGUAGAAUGUUCUCCCAAUCUCUCUCACUCUCUCAGGAAAUCAUUCUUUGUUCUAUCUUCUAGUCUCUCUCUCUCUCUCUCUCAGGAAGUAAUCAUUUGUUCUAUCUUUCAGUCUCAUUCUCUCUCUUCCUCUCUCUCUCAGGAAUUGGUCAAUUUCUCUCUCUUUCAGGAAGUGAUAAUUUGUUCUAUCUCUCUCUCUCUCAUGAACAUUCUCUCUCUCUCUCAAGAAGGAACCGUUUGGUCUAUCUUCCAGUUCUCUCUCUCUAUUCCAGAAAUGUCUUUCUCUCUCUCAGAAAGUAAUUUGUUCUUUCUUUCUCUUUUACAGGAGUCUCUCUCCCUCUCUCACUAUGGAAAUGAUCAUUUGUUCUAUAUUUCAGUCUCUCUCUCUCUCACUAAGGAAAUGAUCAUCUGUUUUAUCUUUCAGUCCCUCUCUUUUCGAGAAGUGACCAUUUUUUCACACCGAUUCCCUCAGAAAGUGAUCAGUUUCUUUCUCUCUGGAAGUGAUCAUUUGUUCUAUCCUACCUUCCUUCCUUCCUUCAGUGUGUAUAUCUCUCUCUCUCAGGAGGUCAUUAUUUGUUUAGUCUUUCAGUCUAUUUUCCUCUCUCUCAAGAAUCUCACUCUUCCUCAGGAAGUGAUCAUUUAUUCUCUCUUUCUCUCUGAAAGACAUUUGUUUAAUCUUUCAGUUUCUUUCUCUCUUUCAGGAAGUGGUCUUUUAUUCUCUCCUUGUCUCUCACAGGAAGUAAUCAUUUGUUCUCUUCAGUCUCUCUCUCUCUCUCUGGAAGUGAUAAUUUUUGCUAUCUUUCAGUUUCUCUCUCUAUCAGGAAGUGAUCAUUUGUUCUAUCUUUCAUUCUCUCUGUCUUUUCCUCUCUCACAGAAAUGGGUCAUUUUUCUAUCAUUUCGUCCCUUCUCUGUCUCUCUCAUGCACUAA